AUGGGUACCAGAGUGGCAUUGUUCUUCCUGUUUGCAUGUCUCUCCAUGGCCUGCGCGCGACGCCAUGCCAGCGCCGCCGUGGGGUUCAACUACGCCGACGCGCUGGAGAAGUCGAUCCUCUUCUUCGAGGGCCAGCGGUCGGGGAAACUCCCCCCCGGGCAGCGGCUCUCCUGGAGGGGCGACUCCGGCAUGUCCGAUGGAGCUUCAAACCAUGUAAUCUUUUUUCUUUCCCUCGUCCUUGUAGCUGCGCGAUCUCCAUUCCUAACCGCAGCACCACGGGGAGUUUUUUCUUCUCAGGUGGAUCUGGUCGGUGGGUACUACGACGCAGGAGACAACGUCAAGUUCGGCCUACCGAUGGCCUUCACGACGACGAUGCUCUCAUGGAGCAUCCUCGAAUUCGGGGAUCUCAUGCAGGCCCAGCUUGAGGACGCCAUAGCCGCCGUCCGCUGGAGCACAGAUUACCUGAUCAAGGCCGCCACCGCCGCUCCUGACACGUUAUUCGUGCAGGUGAUGGAAGAAAAAUCCAAAUCAAAUCAAACUUAGUGCUGUGAAACUGGUUUCUCGAUCAUGUCAUUGUUCUUCGAGAAUAAUUUUGGAGAGGGCCUCCGAUCUUUAGUGUUCUAUCUUCGUUUGGUGCAGGUUGCAGAUCCUAACGUGGAUCACCGGUGCUGGGAGAGGCCCGAGGACAUGGACACCCCUCGAAGCGUGUACAAGGUGACGAGCCAGAGCCCGGGAUCUGAUGUGGCGGCGGAGACGGCGGCGGCGCUCGCGGCCGCCUCCAUCGUCUUCAGAGCUGUCGACCCUGCGUACUCGAAGAAACUCAUUCAGACGGCCAUGAUGGUGAGAAUCAGACACCCCCAUAUUAUCUCUUUUAAACCCUAAUCCGAGGAAGACGAUCCUCCGGCGCAGGUCUUUGACUUCGCCGACCGCCACCGAGGGUCUUACAGCGACUCUCUCAGCUCAGUCGUCUGCCCGUUCUACUGCUCCUACUCCGGGUACCACGUAAGAAUAGCUCCGUCCCUCUGUGUAUAGUCUCCCCAGGUCUUCUCUCUCUACCUGCUGAUCCAGCAAUGGCGACAGGACGAGCUCCUGUGGGGAGCUUCCUGGCUUCAAAUGGCCUCAGAGAACACGUCCUACAUGUCGUACAUAAACUCCAAUGGCCACACGCUGGGAGCGGAGGAAGACGACUUCUCAUUCAGCUGGGACGACAAGCGAGUGGGAACCAAGGUUCUCCUCUCCAGGGUAUCUUCUUCCUCCUCUAUACCGUGGCGUCGCCGCCUCAACUUCUUCGACUGAUAGGGGAAGGUGGCGGAAUCUGAAAUCUGAAAGCUUGGUCCUACAUUCUCCGUUGCAGGGUUUCCUUCAGAACAGGGUGGAGGCGCUCCAGGUGUAUAAGAUCCAUGCAGACAACUACAUCUGCUCUCUGAUCCCCGGGACACCUGGUUUCCAAGCCCAGUACACGCCUGGUGAGCCUCCGAUUUAUGUUUCUUCGGAAAACCGUGCCGAGAUAAAUCUCACAAAUGGCGCGAAAAGAUCAAGUUUUUUGCUUUAUCACCAUCUAUCUCUCUCUCUCUCUCUCUCUCUCUCUCUCUCUCUCUCUCUCUCUCUCAAUGUUUGGAUCACGAGACGCAGGGGGGCUGCUAUACAGGGGCAGCGAGAGCAACCUGCAAUACGUGACCUCCACCGCAUUCAUCCUCCUCACUUACGCCAAGUACCUCGACUCCAACGGCGGGUCCGCCCUGUGCGGCGGCGGCGCUACCACCAUCACCGCCGGUGACCUCGUUUCCCUGGCAAAGAAACAGGUCUCUCUCUACAUUCCCCUUCCUUCUCCAAUCAAUCUCGGACCACCUCCCCCCAACCCACCUCAUCCAUUCCUUCCACCUCUCUCUCCCUCUCUCUCUCUCUCUCUCUCUCUAGGUGGACUACAUCCUGGGGAAGAACCCGGCAAACAUGUCCUACAUGGUGGGCUUCGGGGAGAGGUACCCACAGCAGGUGCACCACCGGGGCUCCUCACUGCCGUCGGUGAGAGCUCAUCCCUCUCCCGUUCCCUGCAACGAAGGGUUUCGGUAUCUCUAUUCGAGCUCCCCCAACCCAAACCUCCUCGUCGGCGCCGUCGUCGGCGGCCCGGAUAACAGAGACGGCUUCGCCGACUACCGCAACAACUACCAGCAGACGGAGCCCGCCACCUACAUCAACGCCCCCCUUGUGGGCGCCCUCGCUUACUUCGCCGCCGCCGGGAAGCCGUAG